AUGCCUCCGCCGCCUCUUCCCCGGCCUGCCCGAUCGGCUUCCCUCAGACAACCAAGUACACCUCAGUCGAGCCCAGGCGUCCCAGCGACGGGUGCUAGGGGUCAUACUAGAGUUCGCAGUCAGAUAGUGACGCCGGCUACCACGCCGCGUUUGAAACCAUCCUCCGCGACACCGCAGUCAUCGCCGAGAAAGACGGUCAGGGGCUCGACUACAGUGACUCCUACGGCUUCUACUAAUGCGGCUGCUAGUGCACUUGCUGCUAUUACUGCAGAAGCAGAUCCUUCGUUGAUGCCUUCAUCCUGGCCUGAGAUUGCGGCGUUACAAACUGAAGUCUUACAGCUGUAUCUCUUCCAUUCGUCCUCGCUUCAGCAACAUGCGGAAUGGAAGGCUGUAUCGGAAGCAAAGCUACGGAAGAAGUAUGACUCGGUCGCGCAGAAGUACCGUUCGAUUGUGGACGAGGAGAAACAGUGGCAGCGUCGUCUUAACGGACAAGCGCUAGAUUUCUGGGUGCAGAACAUCCAAGCACAUAACAGUCAUCUGGGAUUCGCCGAACAGAUCCAACUUCUUUCGCAAACCAUGCAGGAUGUGACUGAGCUGUCAGAUGAAAUCGGAGGAAGAUACACGUUGGCUAUCCAGACCUUCGAGCACUGGUUCCGAAAAGCAGACGAAAUCAAAAAAAUCCGCACUCAGCUCGACUCGGGAGCAGCCGAUCUCGUGGUCUUUAUUGAUCCCCUCGAUGGUGUUUGGAGGGACGAGGUCAACGACCUGGCAAUGAAGCUCGAGCUCUGCUCGCGGCAGCUGCAGAGUCUUGAUAUUUUAGGCUAUGGAAAUACGGAGAAGCUAAACGAUUCCGCUCUGCUUCGGAUCGUACGAGGACUUGAUGAUAUGACGAAUUCCAUGAUGGAUGAAAUUCAUGCGAUGCGCAAGAUUGAGCGCGAUAUUGUACAAUCGGAGAGGGCGUGGGUGAGUCAGCUCACUGAUCCUUUGGUCAUGUCUGACAACCGGCCUCGCGAGGAUCGGAAUUUGAGAGUUGGAAUGUGGAGAAGUGCCUUUGAAUGA